GGGUUUUUCUGUCUCCUUGCUUCCUCAGAGACUCUUCAAGGAAAUCGAUUUCUUCUGCAAGUAUGAGGCCGGUGUUCGUCGGGAAUUUUGAGUAUGAUACUCGCCAAUCGGAUCUUGAACGAUUGUUCGGCAAGUACGGGAGAGUGGAGCGAGUCGACAUGAAGUCUGGAGCAUUCUCCAAAGGAGUUGCCAACUUCUUCCUGCAAAUAUAUUCCCUACGUUUUCAUGCCUACCUUUAUCAUGUUGUGCCUACAAUCUUCGCUGAGUCUAGAGAAACUUUGGAAGUCAAUUGAAUCCAUCAUCCCAUUGCCUUGUUUCUUCUUCAUGGCUUCCAUAUCUGAACUCCUACUUGUCAGAAUGGUGAAGCUGGCCUUAGCAAUCAUUCAGAAUUGAAAAAAAAAAUCGGAUUUUACUACCUUUUGAUAGGCUACUACUACUACACAUCUUUAUUUUUCUACUACCUCAUGGAACGCCUCUACAUCUUUAUGUACACCAGCCUUCACAUUGAUGCAGGUUAUGCUUUUGUGUAUUUUGAGGACGAGCGUGAUGCUGAAGAUGCAAUCCGUGGGAUCGACAAUACCCCUUUUGGCUACGAGAAACGCAAGCUAUCAGUUGAAUGGGCCAAGGGUGAACGUGGGAAGCCUCGUGAUGGAAGGUCAGCCUCGAAUCAGAGGCCGACGAAGACACUCUUUGUCAUCAACUUUGACCCUAUUCGCACAAAAGAGCGUGAUAUUGAGAGACACUUUGAGCCGUAUGGUAAAGUUCUCAAUGUCCGCAUAAGGCGCAACUUUGCAUUUGUUCAGUUUGCAACCCAAGAAGAUGCAACCAAGGCCCUUGACUGUACACAAAACAGCAAAAUAAUGGACCGGGUUGUUUCUAUUGAGUAUGCUUUGAGGGAUGAUGAUGAAAGAGAAGACAGAUAUGCUGCUAGCCCAAGAAGGAGAUCUCCUAGUCCAGUGUACCGGAGGCGUCCCAGUCCUGACUAUGGUCGUCCUCGUAGUCCUGAAUAUGACAGGUACAAGGGUCCAGCUCCUUAUGAAAGGCGUAGGAGCCCCGAUUAUGGGCGUCGCAGUCCAGACUAUGGCAGAGCUAGAAGCCCAGGCUAUGACAGAUACAGGAGCCGGUCUCCUUAUGGAAGAGCAAGAGGUUGAAGAUGUUGUUCUGCGCAGAUGGCCACACUACCGUUUGUAACCCAUGGCGAGAGGGGGCAUAGGUCCAACGUUCAGAUUUUUUUUUUUUUUUUUUUUUUUUUGCUCUAGUAUGUUUUCAAACAUUGAUUAAAAAGACUCAUAAUCUCUAUUAUCCUUUUUUAAGACUCGUAUCUACAUCUAUGUGAUAACAGAAAUUUCUUCUUCUUUUUUUAUGUUUUAUAAAUUUUGUUUCACAUAAAAUAAAUUGAAAGAGACAUGGAAUU